AUGCCUCCCAAAGCCCGCUAUAAACUGGCCUUAAAGGUGGCGAUUGUUGUGAUUUGUUUCACUGGAUUUAUUAUUAACACAACACAACUGGUGCUACAGUUUGGUAAACAUCAGACAUUAGUUAGCAUUAAGUUUACCCAAAAGUCGUAUUCAUCGAUACCCGCAUUUACCGUAUGCUAUCCAACGCUGCUCUCUAUGGAGCGUAUGGCCGAUAAAUACCGUGAAUUGCGUUCACAUUAUAACGCUUACUGGAAAAUUGCGGGCAAUCUAACCAUGACACAAUAUUACAACGAAACAUUUAUUGCAAACCUCUACUAUAAAUAUUACGCUAAAUUUACCAAAAAAUUGUACCAGAUGCGCGACGUGCCACUGGAUAGCCUGCUCAACAUCAGUAUACCGUUUAAACCGUUUAUUGAUUUACUCGGUGUUAAACAGUACCCAAUAGUGAUCAAGGUAAAAGGUGUUCGCAAACACUUAAAUGGCAGCAUGGAACCCGUUGAGCUAACAGAUCUAGCUCCUAUUGAAAUGGUAUCAUUUAACGAGGUUAACUCGUGCGAAAAGUGUUUCACAUUUUUUAGCCAUUUAAAUAAAACGUGGAGACCCUACGCGGUUCGCAUAGAAAAGAUUACCAUGCGCAUUUCGGUCGAUUACCGAUGGAUACCGCUAACUCAUAAAUGGAAGUACAUGAUCAAUUUUGCAAUGCAUUCGCCUAAUGUUCUGCCCGUGUAUUUAAACAUUAACUAUUUCUUCGGUGUUCCCAUUGGGCGGGAAGUGGAUAAGGCUUACGAGCGGUGGAAAACGGUAUUACAACCGCCGCCCUAUGAGACCGCGUGCGAGGACUACGACCUCGACGGCCAGAGUUCGGCUUAUAAGCUACGGUCCGAUUGUCUCAAUCAUUGUUUCUAUCGAUACUGGACGGAUCACUGCGGGGAGUGUAACCUUACCACGUCGUAUGACUGCCGCCAAUGCAUACCCGUGUCGUUGCGUUUAUGGCGUGUGGACAGCCUACCGGGUGCGGCCGGUAUGCCCCGGGUGUGCGAGUUCGCGCAACAAAAAUUCUCGCCCCCAAUCAAUCCUGAUGACUUUACUUACAACAUCACCGCCAGUGAGCAAUUGGUGAAAUGUCACGAAAGACUUUACUACAAACACAACGCCCGGUGCGAAGACCAGUGCGCGAGUGAGUGCGUGAACCGUCACUACACACUCGCUCAGCGGGCCUUCGAUAGGACAGACGCCCUGUACUCCGAGGUCUACAUCGUUCACAACCAACUGCCCGAUCAGGAGACCGAGAAUAUGCCCGAAAUGACAUUCAUUGACUUUAUGGCCAAUUUGGGCGGUUUAUGGGGCAUGUGGUUGGGAUUUUCAAUCCUGGCCGCUUUUAUGUAUCCAUUGAGAAGUGUUUACAAAUUGGGAUUAAUUCGUAGCGUAUAAGUCUGUAUAUAAUGAAAUCAUCUUGGUGAAUCACCUGGUCGCUGCUAUUAAUAGCCUAUUAUAUAACCACUUUAA